AUGAAGUCGUUCGCUACGCUAGCGCGCACUUGCGCUGCCUCUCUUUUCUUCACUUCUUCGCUCGCCCAGAGUAUCCAAUCAAUCAACGGGGAUGCCUUCAUCUCACCCUAUAACGGCCAAGCUGUCACCAAUGUCACCGGCGUGGUCACAGCCCGCAACAGCGAUGGAUUCUGGAUUCGAUCAACCUCUCCAGACAGCAACCCAGCUACCUCGGAAUCGGUCUUCGUCUUUGGCGGAAACGUGAAUGUUACCGUCGGCAAUGUCGUGGCCCUCAACGGUCGUGUUACCGAAUACCGCAGCAGCCCUGCAUACAUCCCGUUAACUGAGAUCACAUCGCCUUCUGGUGUCCGCGUCCUCUCCACCGGCGCCAAUGUCGAGCCGCUUGAGAUCGGUUCUGGUGUAUUGCUACCACCUACUGAGCAGUUCUCCAGCCUCGAUGAUGGCGACGUCUUUGGUCUGCCGAACAAUCGCAGCCAGAUCAGUGUUGCGAACCCUACCUUGGUGCCCAACGAGUAUGGCCUGGAUUUCAUGGAUAGCCUCCUGGGUGAACUGGUAACGAUCAAGAACCCGCAUGCCAUCACCAAGCCCAACCAGUUUGGUGAUACUUGGGUGAUCGGCAGCUGGCCAGUCACUGGGGAGAAUGGACGCACUGGACUUACAAUGACCGCGGGCGAUGCAAACCCAGAAGCCAUACUGAUUGGUACUCCUCUGGACGGCUCAAGUAAUCCGACCGACACCAAGCUCGGCGACAGCCUCGAGGAUAUUACCGGUGUUGUCUACCAAGCUUUCGGUUUCUACCGCGUCCUUCCCACCACCGCGAUCUCGGUCACAGAUUCCUUGGAGCCCGCAUUGCCAGAUCCAGUCUCUUUCGAAUCUACUGGUCGUUGUUCUGCAAUCACAGUCGGCCAUUACAAUGUCGAGAACCUUAUGCCUGACUCUGACCAUCUGCCAAACAUUGCUGAGCAUAUCGUCACCUACAUGAAGACGCCUGAUGUGAUCUUCCUCCAGGAAGUUCAGGACAAUUCUGGAGCUACUAAUGAUGGCGUCGUGUCCGCCAAUGAGACCCUCUCAGCCUUGUCGAGUGCUGUCGCCGCUCUGUCCGACGUCACCUAUGACUUCGUCGAGAUUGUGCCUGUCAACAACGAAGAUGGCGGUCAGCCAGGUGGCAACAUUCGUGUUGCUUAUUUCUUCAAUCCUGAGGUCAUUGCUCUCCACAAGCCCAACCCUGGAUCCUCAACCGAUGCUGUCGAAGUCCUACCUGGUCCCGAGCUCAACUUCAACCCCGGUCGUAUCGCUCCCAUCGACCCGGCCUGGAGCAACAGUCGCAAGCCACUUGUCGCCCAGUGGGACGUCCUUGCCGAAAACAGCACUUUCUUCACCGUCAACGUGCAUUUUGCCUCCAAAGGCGGUUCUUCUUCAAUUGAAGGUGACGCUCGCCCGCCCGUCAACGGCGGCGUUCUCGAUCGCCUCGCGCAGGCGAACCUCACUGCCACAUUCGUCGCUGACCUUCUCGCCGAGGACGCCAACGCCAAUGUCAUCACCGCUGGAGACUUCAACGAGUUCACCUUUGUGGAGCCCCUGAUCUCAUUCGUCGAGAUCUCUGGCCUCGAGGAUGUGGAGGACGCGGCUGGAAUCCCUGAGGUGGAGCGUUACAGCUACAUCUUCGACAUGAACUGCCAGGAGCUCGAUCACAUGUUUGUGAGUCCUCGUAUUGUGGCUGCGGGCCCGGAGUACGAGCAUGUGCAUAUCAAUACUUGGGUCAGCUUCGAUGACCAGAUCAGCGAUCAUGAUCCUGCGGUUGCGAAGUUGGACCUGUGCAGCGGUAGUGGCGGUGGUGGUCCAGGUGGUCCUGUCAAGCCAGGCAAGCCAGGCAACGGUCCUGGCGGUCCUGCAAAGCCUGGUAAUGGCCCUGGGAAACCUGGCCCAGGCCGAUCAAGCCCCCCUGGUGGUCACCAGCCUCCUUCACCCGGAAGACCGGGCCCCGGCAAUGGCGGUCGUCCCUGGAAAUAA